AUGAAGGGACUCUUGUUAUUUGGACUCUUGGGAAUUGUUCGGGCCUUUGAGAACACAGCUCCCCUUGUUGUGUCCGGUCCGUAUUUCAAUGCCAACUUUGAGUACCUCAUUCCCUCGUCCAGACUGGCAGAAGUCACGGAAUUGACAGAAACCAUCUGUACCAGCAGGCCUCAUGACAAUAUCAUAUAUCUUCAGGUUGAGGGGCUUUCGAAGCGGAAUCUGGACAGAGAUCUAUUCUCCAACUUGCCAGAGCCUGCAGUUUUCGCUCCACACGUCCUGUAUAAGUCUACGGAAGAAGUGUCUCUGGCCGUCUCCUCUAAAUGCAAAUCAGCCACCGUGGACGUCCGCGAAAACGACUGGUUAGACCAGAUCAGCCGUGAGGGCGUGUCUGUGAUACGGCUGGACGUCUCUGAGCUACCUAUUCUUGAGAAAAUCUCGAUCGGUGCCAACCCGCAAAUGGUCAUAAUACAAGGUGUUCCUCGGUUCCAAAACACCAUCUCUUUCUUGGGCCAGGCCAAGAAUUAUGUCAAGAAAAUUUCGCAGUACACAAAGCGCUCGGAUGCGGUGGACGAGAGCGACUACGCCGCAAUCCAGGAAGAGCUGAACGAGGCGUUUGACGAAAUCAACCAGAUGAUUGGGGACGAGACGGCCACCAUUUACGAGCCGGAGCAAGAGGACGUCAGCUACAAUACAGGGAACAGUGCUAGCACGAGCACCGUUGUGGAUGGGUCGCUGUUCGACAAGUACGGUUUCUUCACGCCAGGGCUAGUGAUGUGCACGUUUGUGUCACUGUUCCUCUUUUUCAUCUUCUCCAUCGCUUUAAAGUGGCUCAAUUCUCUCCAGGUGAGCUACAAGGCGUUUGAGAAGCCAGUCACGUUUGGCAAAAAAACGCAGUGA